CCUAAAAAGGCAAUCAAACUACGCUGUAAAACUAGAGGAAAAAUCCAACAAAAAAAAAAAAAAAAAAGAGGAAGAAAAAAGCUUUACACUCAGAGUUCAACCAUCAACCAUGGCGGGUUCCGAUCCAAACAAGUUGCUCGCCAAAGCCGAUAAACUAACAAGACUCAGUCUUACAAGGUGGAGUGCGGAUUGGAAAAGCGCUACUCUUUUGUACGAACAAGCUGCAAAUGGUUUUAGGAUUGCCAAGGAUUACGAGAAAGCAAAGGAAGCGUUGGAAAAAGCUUCGAAAGGACAAGAAUUGAUCUCCUCACCCUGGGAUGCUGCAAAGCAUAUGGAGUCUGCUGCUGCUCUAGCGAAGGAGUUAGGAAAAUGGAAUGAAGUUGCUGACUUCUAUAAAAGGGCGUCUGAAUUGUACGCUGAGUGUGGGAGACCACAGCCGGCCUCAGAUGCUCUUGCGAAAGGGGCCCGUGCUCUGGAAGAUUCUAUGCCUGAUGAAGCUAUUCAACUUUACACUGAUGCUUGUGCUAUUCUUGAAGAAGAUGGCAAGGAGCAAAUGGCCUUUGAUCUAUAUCGUGAUGCAACUAGUGUUUACAUAAAAAGUGAGAAGUAUACAGAUGCCGCUGCUUUAAUGUUGAGAUUUGGUGUAUCUGCUGAUAAGUGCAAUGCUACCCAUAGCCAGUGCAAGGCAUAUCUUGGUGCCAUAAUUAUUUACCUUUAUCUUCAUGACAUCAAGCAAGCAGAACAAUGCUACAAUGACUGCUCCCAGGUUGACGCUUUUAUGAGAAGUGAUCAAUGCCGUUUUGCUGGUAAACUCCUCUCAGCUUACACAGACGGUAAUGUUGAAGAAAUAAAAAAACUUGCUCAGUCAGGCACGGUUAAUCAUCUUGAUCACAUGAUCAUCAGGCUCGCCAGGAAACUGCCGACGGGUGAUGUGAGCGCGCUGACGACCCAUGCUUCUGAGGAUCAAGAAGAACCGCUGGAUGAAGAUGACCUUACAUAACCUCAAAACAGAGAUUGUCCUAUAUUUGAUGAUGUCUUCAUCCUAGUACAUUAAAUAUAAAACGAAAACCGUUUGGCAUUUACAGUUACACUGCGAUAUCUUUGCAUUUAGUUGAAUGAAAGAGAGCCUGUUUUGUAAACAUGUAAAAAACCGAACUUGUAAGUUUUUGGGCUGUUUCAUGUUUUUAGUAAUUUGGGUAUUGAUAUUUGACACUGCAAUCCGCAGACAUUGGCAUUGGAUGAUGAAUCCUGGAUUUCAAAUGUGUGUUUUCUCUGUAGACAAUGUUCGAAACUACUUUAUAUAGGAGUGAGAUUCGAACUGGGGUGCAAGGGGCAGGUAGAUUACCGUAACCAUCUGCCCCUUGUUUUCUCCUUCUGAA